AUGAAGUUCUCCACCGCUCUCGGCCUGCUCAGCGUCUGCCUCGCUCCGGCAACGGCCCUGAGUAUCUUGGACGACGACAACAAGAUCCCUGGCAAGUCGCCUCUUGAGUUUUGUUCUGGCGACCGCAGCGCCGAUCUCAUCACUAUCGAGAGCGUCGACCUCGACCCCAACCCCCCUAAGGCUGGCCAGGAGCUUCUUAUCAAGGCCAGCGGCACCGUCAAGGAAACGAUCGAGCAGGGCGCCUACGUCAAGCUUACCGUCAAGUACGGCCUCAUCAAGCUCCUGACCCAGACCGCCGACCUCUGCGAGCAGGUUGGAAACGUCGACUUGAAAUGCCCCAUCGAGAAAGGAGAACAAACCAUCGAGAAGACUGUUAAGCUUCCCGUCGAGAUUCCUCCUGGCAAAUACACCGUCCUCGCCGACGUCUACAACGCCGACGAUACCCCCAUCACUUGCCUGACUGCUACCGUCACAUUUGCGCUUGGUGGACUGGGGUUCCUCAACAGCGAGCUGUAA